GCGGCGUCACACGUAUCAACAUUCGUCUGCUGCUGGAACUGUUCAUGAAGUAACCACUCGCGUCAAUCAGUCAGAAUGGGCAGAGGCUACAUAGUGGAGGAUGUGGUGGAGAAAUAUCUGUCCAAUCUCUGUGCAUCUUGUGUCACAGGACUUCUCAUUGGCCAGAGUUCAUCCCAGAGAGACUUUGUGGUGCUGGCUGUGAGGACGCCUCAGAAGGACGCAGCGGGACAGGGGUCUCCGUCUGUCAGCAGGAGAGCUGGGAACUCACUGGACCACCUAGAUGUGGAGUGGGUCACUGAGCAUGCCAGACAGGUUUCCCGGAUGUUACCGGGAGGUUUGUCAGUUAUUGGUGUGUUUCUUGUCACCCCACCUGAGCUGUCCAAAGAGGCUCAAAAUACAUUGAGACGGUUGAUCUUUGCAGUGGACAAGCACAUAUCCAAGGGACGGCUAUGGAGUCUCACAGAGGAGGAUGUAACAGAGAAGGUCACACUUCACAUCUGCUCCAAAACCAGGAAAGUGGUUUGCAGAACAUUUGAUGUUCGAGAUCCCAAGAGUUCUGCCAAGCCUGCUGAUUGGAAGUACCAGUCGGGUGUGUGUACUUCCUGGCCAGUGUUGACAUGCUCAGUGGGACUGGACCUGGUGUUCCCUGUGUUAGAGCUGCAUGUCUUACCACAGGACAUGGAAAAGUGUAUGAAGGAGGGACUUCAAACAUGGGCGAAGCAGAUCGAAGAUGGGCUUUGCCUCAUCAAUGGCAAAACAAUGCCUGGUGAGGUGGAGCUACUGGCAGGGCAGAAAAAGAAUGCAAAGGCUGUUCAGCAGACGUUCCAAGCCCAGAUCCUCAUCCCGAUGGCGGACCCCCAGUCAGAGCAGAGGUCGACAGCGUCUGUGAAGGUGUGCAGUGGGUCUCUCACCCUGACGGGAAUGGUGCACUGCAGGGCCUACCUCCACAGCAACAAACCAAGAGCCAAGCACGCUACAGAGGUCAUCAAGAGAGAUGUCAUCAACACGGUGUCUAGCAGAGUGGAGAUGUUCCUGGAAGAUAUUUUAAUGGAGGGAGAGGACAAAGGGUCAGUCGGUGUACAGCAGGUGCUCCCUCGCAGAGUGUUUGCCCCCGUGCCCGGCAUGAGCCUGUGUGUGUGUGACUACAUGUUCCCUGACGAGAGUGUGUCCGAUGUGAGUGACCGUCUCAAAGAGAUGCUGGACUGGGAGACGCCCGAGGACAGCAUAGACACCUCCCAGGAGACUGUCCCAGCUCCUACGAUUGACCUAAAGAACAUGGUUGUUCAGAAGAACCUGAAGGCUGAAUCUACUGUUGACGCUCGUCCUAAGACACCCUCUGAAGAGCCCACUGAAGCCCCCAAAAGCCACAAAACGUAUUACGCUGGUGUUGCCAUGGCAGUCGCAGUCGCUGUCCUAGCCACAGGCACCUCGCUGCUCUACCUGAGCGACUAAUGGUGGAUGCACAGGAUACAUACACACACUACAAGAGCUGGUUGCUAUGCGGAGGGUCUUAAUCGCUUGAUUUUAUUUUCAUGAAAUUGAGUUGACAUGGUUAUUAUAAAAGCAAAUGCAAACUGUAUGUUUUCUAUUGAUAAUUCAACAUUUAUUUUCAUAUGAAUUGUAAAGCAGAAUUGUAAACAAUUUGUUUUGAUUUAUUGUUUCAGUUGUAAAAGGUUACACAGAGAAACGUGUGUAUAGCGUAUUAUGUAAUGUCUUGCAGUAAGUGUAUGUCCAAUGGCAUAUAUUCAAAAUUCCCUCCAUAUGGGGAAAAUGGACCCUCUAAUUGUUGUUCAGUUCAUUCAGUCAUCAUCAGAUAUUCUGAUGUGUGCCAACCAUAAACCUUCCGCUCUGUCCUCACAUAUUGCCUCGUGCCUCAGGCCACCCACGUGUAUCGGACCUCUCCUCACCCACAUUGCUGGCACAACGGAUAUGCAUCAGAAGAGCUUAGAGCGUCUGUAUUCAAUAUAGUAUUUUGCAAUUACUUAGGCCUACAGUAUGGUCUUGUAUGGUUAUGCUUGGUAUGAUGGGCAUAUUUUAUGCUUUGAUCCUCCCAAAGGAUGGUUCAGGCCUGUAUUUUAUGGAUUCAUCUAUGACAUAAUUGACCAGAAUAAAGAAGUCCAUUCAAAGUAA